AUGUGGUACCUCUUCAAAGUGAUAUCUUUUAUAUUAAAUCUUGGAACUACUCAUGGUGCUCUUCAAUAUCGAAGAUCUGUGAACCCUGAAGCAAAUAUGAAUAUUAGUCAAAUUAUUUCUUAUUGGGGAUAUCCAGAUGAAGAGUAUGAUAUUGUAACUGAAGAUGGUUAUAUUCUUGGUCUUUAUAGAAUUCCUUAUGGAAAGAUAAAAAAUGAUAACAAAGCAGCUCAGAAGCUUGUUGUAUACUUGCAACAUGGUUUGCUUACAUCUGCCAGCAGCUGGAUUUCCAACCUUCCCAACAACAGCCUGGGCUUCAUUCUGGCAGACGCUGGUUAUGAUGUUUGGAUGGGGAACAGCAGGGGGACCACCUGGUCCAGAAAACACUUGUACCUAAAGACAAAUUCCAAAGAAUUCUGGGCUUUCAGUUUUGAUGAAAUGGCUAAGUAUGACCUUCCAGCCUCCAUCGAUUUCAUUGUGAAGCAAACUGGACAAAAGGAAAUAUUUUAUGUAGGCCACUCACAGGGUACAACUAUUGGUUUCAUAACAUUUUCCACAAUACCAAAGAUAGCUGAAAGAAUCAAAAUAUUUUUUGCCCUAGCACCAGUUUUUUCCAUUAAAUACAUAAAAAGCCCUAUAAUUAAAAUGGCAUACAAGUGGAAGUCAGUGAUCAAGGUAUUUUGGGGCAACAAAGACUUCUUACCUCAUACCUCAUUUAAAAGAAUUAUUGGUUCAAAGCUAUGUCCACUAAAGAUUUUUGGUAAGAUUUGCCAUGAUAUCUUGUUCAUGAUGUAUGGACAUGACCUGAAGAACUUAAAUAUGAGUCGUAUGGAUAUUUAUAUGUCACAAAACCCAGCAGGAACCUCUGUUCAAAAUGUACUCCACUGGACUCAGCUUUUCAAUUCUAGUUACUUGAAAGCUUUUGACUGGGGCAGUCCUGUUCUGAACUUGGUUCAUUUUAAUCAGACAGCUGCUCCACUAUACAAUGUGACAAACAUGAAUGUGUCAACUGCAACUUGGAAUGGUGAGAGUGACUUACUGGCUGAUCCUGAAGAUGUUAACAUUUUACUUUCUGAAAUCAGAAACCAUAUUUACCAUAAAACUAUUUCUUAUUACAAUCAUAUAGACUUUUUGUUUGGAUUAGAUGCAUAUCAUCAAGUUUAUCGUGAAAUCAUUGAUAUUAUCCAAGGCAAUCUAUAA